CUUUCUUCUCAUCAACUUCGACGACACAAGUGGCACAAUGAGGUAGCUUCGAGUGAAACGCAAGCCUCCGCGUGAAUGGGGCCAGCCUCUCUUCGAGAAGUCCUCAGAGUGGCACGGGGGCUGAGGGGUGUGCCAGCAACCUCCGCAUUCCUCAGCCCAGCAUGCAACGCGAGCAAAUCCCAUACCGGCCACAACCACCCUGUUUUGUGUUAUGAUAGAUCUAUGAUAUAUACUUCAGCAUCAGGGAUGCUGCCAUUCUUUGAUAUUCGCUCAUUGUCAGUCUAUCAGCAUCAGCAACAGCAGCAAUAACAACAUCCCCCACACUCACUUUACAGCAAGCAUCAUUAUGAUCUCUUAUACACUCCUUUCGUUUUCCUUACUCGUCUCGACGCUGGCCGUCCAAACAGAUGCAGCUUGGUUUCGUCAUGCAAAAUUUCAUAUCGGCCAGGGACGCAACAUCGGAGCCGAACAAGAGCAGGAAUCGUGGUAUCCAGCUGGUCUUACUUCCUCAAUCGCUUCCACAACUGCAUCAGAAUCAUACACAUUCUCUGUCCCAAAUGCAAGCAUAAUAGCGCCUACUUUGACAUCUCAAGGAAUGGCUGUCACAUCCAUUGUGCCCAUCUACGAAGUCUGCAAUACACCAGGCUCGAAUACUACUUCUUGCUCGACGGUUUUCGAGACUAUCACAACUACAACAUGCUCAACUGUGCUCACUUAUGCAUUUUCUCAAACGACGAUCACUGAUUGCGCAGCGAAUGUCACCUUCUCAACACAGAGUAGCUUUGCUCUUGCCACAACGACUUUACCUCCAUCUGUCACUCCCGCCCAAAAGCGUCAACAGAUUCCCCCCACUAUCUCUUCAAGUCCGUCUUCGCUUCCUUCACCUACACCUACAACCAUAGCAUAUGUGCAAAGCGUUGUUUCAUAUUGGUAUGCCCCCUGGCAAUCACUUGCGGCAAACAAUCCUCAAGAUAUUACUCUUCUGGUUUGCAAAAUCGACUAUUUUGGAGCAGAGAAUUGCACAUCCGUUCAAGAAGUAUGGAUUGUGCACACCGAGUACGUGCUUGUGAGUACCACAAGUACGCUAACGAUCUCAACAUCUCUAUCAUCUGAUGCUGUAUUCCUACUCGCACCUUCUCAAGGUGUUACAGCAACAGCAGGAAACUUUACUUUGUCGACACAGAUUUUGUAUUCUUCCAUGGUCGUCAAUGCCACAACAAUCGUCUCUACUUUGACAAGUAGCAAUACAAGCUCGCAAAUCCCAACAUCUGAAACUCCAACCUCAACUACAAUGUCAACCACCACAAUAACAAUAACGGGACCACCGUCAACGGUCACUAUGACGUUGAAUGUCUCUCCGAUAGGGUCACAGCCGACAACGACAUAUCAAUCAACAACAGUACUCACAUCGACAGUAACCGUCCUACCGAAAAUGCAAAAGCGGUUCCGAGAACGAGCUGAGAUGCGAGAGGAAGGUUUGGCUGAAGCACUACUCUUAGAUUGAGCACGACGAGCCCUCGCUGGCGAGGCGGACACUCAUUGAACGAAUUAUGAAGACUUUCUGUUUUUGACAAGCGUGGGACCGGGGAGCAAGUAAGUAUCAAUAGAUCGAGUAUUCUAACUCAAAUCAAAUAUGUUUAAAUCUGCG